AGAGGAGAUGUUGUCAGACGGUCCGUCUCUGAGCAGAGGUGUGAAGCGGAUCUCCAGAGACUCUCCGCCGUACUGCGCUCCUCUCUCCCCGAAGCUCCUGCACACAGACACACACCCAUCAGAAGCGGAGACUCUUCCUCCAGAGCAGAAUGGAUUACUGAAGGAGCAGCGCUUCAUGGACUCCGCCUCUAAUUCCAUGACGCCCCGCCCACAGACCUUGAGAAGCACCUCAGAGUACCAAUCACCACCCAGCAGCCCGUAUUACCACGGCAACGGCCCGCCUCUACGCAGACAGGCCUCCAACCCCGUCACACAGACACACAGACGAGUGGAGGCCGCCAGCUCCACCACGGGUCCUGAGACACCGGCCGACCUUCCCAGAAUCCCCGGCAGGAGCCCGUCUUCCUGGUCCAUAGAGGAAGUGAUGCAGUUUGUGCGGGACGCAGACCCAACAGCGCUGGCUCCACACGCAGAGCUCUUCAGAAAACACGAGAUCGACGGGAAAGCUCUGAUGUUACUGAGGAGCGACAUGGUGAUGAAGUACAUGGGUCUGAAGCUGGGACCGGCGCUCAAACUCUGCCACCACAUCGAGAGACUCAAGCAGAGCAAGCAGUGAAGCAGCACACGGACAGAACACACUGAUGGGAAACAUUAACACACACACCUGCAGCCAGAGCACACUGUGAGGAACUGAACAUUAGUGCCGUUCUCUGGGAACGACCGGUGCGUUGGGGAUGCCAUCUCGUCUCCCCAAAGACUCAGACGCUUCACGGGCCGAUCAGCUCACCGAUAGUGCUGGUGUUUGAGUCUGGCGUUGGCUAUUUAUCGCUCUACCUCCCUGUGACGUCAUACAGCUGUUUCUGGAAUCACUUACAGCCACAUGAAAACGUUUCAUUUGUGUAUUUUAGUUCCAACAAAACACGUCAUGUUUCGUAACCCUAAAGGAAAAGUUCGGCCAGUCGUCAUUAUUUACAGUCCAAACCCGUGCUACUUUGUUUUUUUCCGUCGAACACAAAAAGAGACGUUUUGUAGAAUGUUCACGCUGCUCGUUUUCAUGCAGUUCUGCUACAUGGGCGGAAUCAUUUUUGACCAGACAGAUGCUUUAAACGUUUUGUUUCUUUUCGUUUGGUUGGAGAUUUAAGUGUGUUCAGAGGUAAAAAAUUACUUUAAUGUAUGGAAGAUUACGUCAAAAUAAUAUUAAUAGCAUAGUUUGGAACAAAUAGAUUUAAGUAAAUCGCAUCAGAACGAUAAAAAAAAAUGUAGGCCUAAAAAUGACAUUUAUGUUUUUGAAUUGUACAUCGAAUUUCCAUCGUUCUGGAUUACACAGUUUUAAUUUUAAUAUAAUAAUAAACUUAAUGCAAUUUAUAUUUGUCAAGUCAUGCAUGAAUUAAAAAAACGGGACAGAUUUUUGCCGUCAAAAUCAUGCCAUGGUUAUAUUUGAAUAUUUGAAUAUUUUCAAAAUCCAUUUAUUCAAACCGCUUAGAAUCAGCGUAAACUGAUAAUUGUGAAAACAGUUACAUUUAUUCAGUUUAAAAGUAUAAACAAAGUUAAAUGUGACGAGUGGAACAAGCAAUACUUGAUUAGUUAAAAUGUAUGAGAUCAAAAUUAUAUACAUAUAUAUGUGACCCUGGAGCACAAAAUACAUUUUUCCAUUUUUUUUCUGGAAUUUGAGGGUGCAAAAAAAUCUAAAUAUUGAGAAAAUCAUCUUUAAAGUUGUCAAAAGAAGUUCUUAGCAAUGCAUAUUACCAAUCAAAAAUUAAGUUUUGAUAUAUUUACAGUAGGAAAUAUACAAAAUAUCUUCAUGGAACAUGAUCUUUACUUAAUACACUAAUGAUUUUUGGUAUAAAAGAAAAAUCUAUGAUUUUGACCCAUACAAUGUUUUUUUGACUAUUGCUAUAAAUAUACCCCAGCGACUUAAGACUGUGCUCCAGGGUCACAUUAGUUAUUAAUUAGUGCUAUUAAAUCAAUCUGACCCAUUUUAUUUAUGUACUGUAUGACUGACACAUAUGCAUCACAUUGUUUAUUAAUGUUAAAACUGUGAAAUCUAAUCUUUUACAUGCAAUUUAAAUACAUAAAUCUUACAUGUAGGCCUUUUUAGUCAUGAAAUACUGUGAGAGAAACGCGCUUCUGCUUUUAAAAAACCUCAAUAUCAAAAGUUUUAUCAUGUCGUGUAUCUACUCUAGUUUUCAGUACACUGUGUUUUUCCUAUAUCGCUAUGUAUUUUCUCUUUCGACUCGGAGUUUAGUCUGGAGUGUGUAUGUCCCAGAGCGUUGUUUUGAGGAGAUAAUGCUUUCGAGAUAACGCUGUUUGAGUCGGCCUCGGGUUUGUUACAGAAACUCGUCGAGCUCUUAUCUGGGGAAUGUUUGAAUUGACUUGUGUUACGAAGUCACUGAACAGUAUUCAAGAGACCGAAACGCAGCAUUCGAUGAGGAAAUGAACGAGAGAAUGGGAAAGUCGUCAAAACUGGUUCAUUUCAACGAAGCGUCGCUGUAGACGGUUCAUUAGAAAUAUCACUAAAGUAGUAGGAAUGUGACGUGAGUAACUCCGGCUUUAUCUCGAAGUUUCUGUUGAUAUUUGAUCAUUUUCAUUGAUAGAUCAGACGUCAGUGGCGUAUUAUGUAUGGGUUUAACCAUAAAACUCAGCAACAGGAAUGUACAAUUUUGUAGAGAAGAAAUAUUUUAAGCUAAACACGUUGUGUAUGGAGGUGGGAAUACGUUACGUUAGGUCACGAGGGGCUGUUUAUCUCGGAUUCGUUGUUUAAUAUACCUUGUACUGCCUUCCAGCGCUUUUUAACGGGAGGAUACGUCCAUUUUAAAUAGCUAUGUUCAAAUUGCCUUGCUUUACUUUGAGACUUCUCAGGUUUUUUCCCCAUCUUUUGUAGCGUAGCAUUUCAAGUUAGACGUGAAUGUGAUCGUUUAGACUCCUUUUUGUAAAAAAAAUAAUAAACAAAACAAAAAAAUCACAUGUAUUCGUAAUGUUGUGCCAUAUAGAUUCAUCGAUGAUUGAAUAUCAACACCUGUUAUGAAAAAAAACACCCACACGUGCUUGGAUCUUGAUACCAGAGACGUUUUUAAUCAUGAACUUUUUAAAGCUAAUGCAAUUCGUCACGUACACAUUUUCAACGAUACAAAUAAUAAAUAAAUAAUUUAAAACAUCA